AUGGGUCCCCAAACUUUUAUGACCUUGUGUGAUAUCUUACAAAGAGAAGGGGGAUUAAAAGCUACCCGAUGGUCAAGUGUGGAAGAGCAAGUUGCAAAAUCAAUUUACAUAUUAACACAUAAUGCAAAAAAUCGUGAGGUCAACUUUUGGUUUCUUCGUUCUGGCGAGACUAUUAGUCGUCAUCUUCAUCAAGUUUUGAGAGCUAUUCUUGAAUUAGAAGACAAAUUUCUUGUCCAACCCGAUGGCUCAACGGUCCCUCAUGAAAUUUCUAGUAGUUAUAGAUUCUACCUGUAUUUUAAGGAUUGUGUUGGUGCAAUUGAUGGAACACAUAUACGUGUCAAAGUAUCUGCAAAAGAUGCCCCUAGAUAUCGCGGUAGGAAAGACUAUCCGACACAAAAUGUUUUAGCAGCAUGUACUUUUGAUUUAAAGUUUACUUAUGUGCUCGCGGGAUGGGAAGGGUCUUCCUCUGACUCUAGAAUAAUAAAGAAUGCAUUAACACGUGAAGAUAAACUUAAAAUAUCUCAAGGAAAAUAUUAUCUUGUCGAUGCUGGAUUCAUGUUGACAAGUGGCUUAAUUACGCCUUAUAGAGGAGUUCGGUAUCACCUGAAAGAAUAUUCUGCUAGAAAUCCACCCCAAAAUUCUAAAGAGUUGUUUAAUCUUCGACAUUCGUCUUUACGCAAUGCAAUUGAAAGAGCCUUUGACCCGGAUGAAGACCUUAUAGCCGAAGUAGAUGCUGAACUUGCAAAUCAAAAUGUAUCGCAUGACAAUCAUCAAGGUUCAAGAAGUGACAGAGAUGAGCUUGCUAUGGGCGGGGUUAUAAAAGAUAGUUUUAUGGCAUCGAAUAAGCAAUUACCAAUUAAUAAUGGUAAUUCUGGAACUUUAACUUGGAAUAGAGCCAUGGAUGAUGCUCUUGUUGAUGCUUUUAUUCAUGAAUAUGAAAAGGGGAACAAAUUCAACGGUACAUUCACUACAUCAGCAUAUGAAAACAUUGCAGCUGAACUCCGUGCAUUAUUUGUGAACAAAAUUGACAAGCUGAAGAUAAAAAACCGUUGGAAAACUUUGAAAAAAAACUUUCCUUAA